ACAUGGAAGCUCAAGACUCUGCUGUUCGUGAAGCAGUAAAGGCAUCAGGGGAAUCCACACUGGAAAAAGCUAAAGCAAAAGCUUUAGCAGAAUUCAACCAGUUGUUAUAUGUUUCACUUAACAUUGCUGUGACAGGAAGGACAGGAUCUGGGAAAUCUGCCUUUGUAAAUGCUCUUAGAGGCCUGAGCGAUGAUGAUGAAGAUGCAGCCCCUACUGGAGUCACAGAAACUACAACGGAGCCCACCAUGUAUGAGCAUCCUGGAAUGAAAAAUGUGAAAAUCUGGGAUCUGCCUGGAAUAGGAAGCCCAAACUUUAAAGCAAAAAAAUAUCUUAAAGAUGUGAAAUUUGAUACCUAUGAUUUCUUCAUUAUCCUUAGCUCAGAGAGGUUCUGCGAGAAUGACAUCAUGCUGGCUAAUAAAAUAAAAAAGGAGAAGAAAAACUUUUACUUUGUUCGUUCAAAGAUUGACAUCGACAUCUCUUCAGAGGAAAGAAAAAAAGGAUUUAAUGAGCAAAACGUUCUUUCCCUAAUAAGGGAAGACUGUGAGAAAAACUUAAAAAAAGUGGAAAACCCCAAUUUUUUUUUGAUAUCAUCUUAUGAUUUGGAGAAAUAUGAUUUUGAAAACCUUAGAAUUACACUAAAAGAGGGCUUGCCUAUCCAAAAGAGAUCUGCUCUCCUACAAGCCUGGCCAGUAUGCUCUGCUGAAGCUCUUGAAGAGAAGAUAAAGCUUUAUAAAGGGCUAAUCUGGGCUGCAUCUCUUGCAUCUGCAGGAAUAGCAGUGGCCCCUGUGCCUGGCCUAUCAGUAGCAUGUGAUGCAGGCAUUGUGGUAGCAUUUCUUGUACGGUGCUACUAUGCAUUUGGCUUAGAUGAUAAGUCAUUGACCAGACUUUCGAAGAAAGUGAAUAUUCCCUUGACAGAAUAUUUGGGCACAUCAAAGUUUGCUACUGCUAUUAAAGAAAAAGCAGUGAGCAGGAUAGGUGUAUCUGCAUCAUUAGCAGUGUUGUCUACAGCUGAAUUUGCAUUGAGUCUUUUUCCAGGUCUGGGCAGUGCUGCUGCUGCAGGAUUAUCCUUUGCUACCACACAAUACCUUCUGAGAGAAGGUUUAAAUGACCUGGCAAAUACUGCUCGGGAAAUCAGAAAAAAAGCUGGACUGGAUACAAUAUGAACUACAACUGAUAUCCAGCUAGCUUUAAAGGGGAGAUUUCACAAGACUUUUUUAAGAUGUAAAAUAAAUCUUUGGUGUCUCCAGUUAGCCUUAAUCAACUUUAGAAAAUCAACUGAAAAGACAUUUAAUCUUUCUUACUGCAAACAAGACUGACCUCUGUCAUUUGUCUACUUUGUCAACUUUUUGAGAAUAAUUCUGUGUUUUUAAGAAAUAACAGGUAUAGAUGCUGAUGUUUUUUUGGACAUAUUUGGUCAUCAUUAUGAUGAGCCUUGACUUUUUAAUGUAGUUGGGUUUUUUGUCUGCUAUAACUGUUCGCUUAAAGUGCAAAUAUAAUUUGAUGAUGUUUAGUUAUUACUGAUGAGGGUUUAGUGUUCUGAUUAAUUAUGCAAAUUAACUAUUAUACUAUUUUAUUGCUAAUUUUGCUGUUGGACUUUAGUUUGUUUUGUGAUGUUAAGAGUUGAUGUGUUUAUCUGAAUAUUUUAUUUGUCAUCAUUGUUGAAAUUUAUAGGCUGAUUCUUGAUGUCUGUGUGUCUCCCUAAAAACAGUGGUUCAAUAUAUACACUUGUAUAAUGUAUAAAAUUCUUCUACAUAUACACUAUUGAAUUAUGUGCUGUUGUAUCACAAAUUUAAUAUAAUAAAGCAAAGUUA